CGCGCAUGCGCGUUUGGAAUCGGCCCCCGGUCGCUCCGCCAUCUUUGUCGGCAGCCCAUUGUUCACUCCGAAGGCUAACAACGGUGUCAAAACCCUCUACACCUCGUAUUAAAGUGUCCCGACCGUGUCACCGACAGCUGACCGCGACUGUCGUGGAUUUGCUCACAAGGUCGCGACUUGUUUUCGGCCACCAAGUGAGACAUAAUGGACGACGAGCAGCCGAAAACCCUGUAUGUGGGGAAUCUGUCCCGGGACGUUACGGAGGCCCUCAUCUUGGAAUUGUUCAGCCAGAUCGGGCCUUGUAAAAGCUGCAAAAUGAUAGUAGAUACAGCAGGUCACGAUCCAUACUGCUUUGUGGAGUUCUAUGAGCAUAGACACGCCACUGCUACAAUCGCAGCCAUGAAUGGUCGGAAAAUACUGGGUAAGGAGGUGAAGGUCAACUGGGCCACGACCCCAACGAGCCAGAAGAAAGACACGAGCAGUCACUUCCAUGUUUUUGUUGGAGACCUUAGUCCAGAAAUCACCACAGAUGACAUAAAAGCAGCUUUUGCUCCUUUUGGAAAAAUAUCGGACUGUCGCGUUGUGAAAGACAUGGCCACAGGUAAAUCUAAAGGCUAUGGUUUUGUCUCCUUCUUCAACAAAUGGGAUGCAGAGAACGCCAUCCAGCAAAUGGGGGGUCAGUGGCUAGGAGGGCGGCAGAUAAGGACCAACUGGGCCACGAGGAAGCCUGCUCCUAAAACGACAAAUGAAACAGCCAGUACCAAACAGCUCUCUUUCGAUGAGGUGUUAAACCAGUCCAGCCUCAGUAACUGCACAGUCUACUGUGGAGGAGUCACACAAGGUCUCACAGAGCAAAUAAUGAGACAGACCUUCUCACCUUUUGGCCAAAUAAUGGAGAUCCGCGUUUUCCCAGAAAAAGGCUACUCCUUUGUGAGGUUUAACUCCCACGAGGCCGCAGCUCAUGCCAUAGUUUCUGUAAAUGGCACCUCAAUAGAGGGCAACAUUGUAAAGUGCUACUGGGGGAAAGAAACAACAGACAUUGUACAGGGCCCCAUACAGCAGGUACAGAUGGCACAGCAGAACACGCUGAGCUUUGCAGCCCAGCCCUACAACCAGUGGGGCCAGUGGUACAGCAACACGCAACAGAUCGGUCAGUACGUGCCCAACGGAUGGCAGGUGCCGAGCUAUGGCGUCUACGGACAGGCCUGGGAUCAGCAGGGCUACAAUCAUUUACAUGCUGGCGCUGGAUGGACGGGCGUGGGCGCCGUGAGCAACGGGGGCAUGGUGGAGCCCGGGCAGGGAGUCAACGGAACAAUGCUAACCAACCAGGCAGGCAUGAGCACCACUGGAUACCCCACCCACUGAUCACAGACCCCCACACCCCCACCCUCUCUUAGCGCUCAAGGACACCAGGAUUACACUCUGCUGGGGGAAGGAAGGAGCGCACCAGACGUGCUCUGACUGUCACACCACAAAAAUUACUCCUAGUGAAGCUGGUCUGCCAUUUUCUUUUUUUUUCUUCUUUUUUUCUUCUUCUUCUUCUUUUUUCUUUUUAAACCGGCCCAAAGCCUCACCCACUGCCCAAAUCAGCAGGUUGAAACAUGACUAUAUACACAUUAAACACUGAUAAAGCCACCGCUAAUGCACAGUGCAUUCCUGGACCCCCCUCCACUCCUCCAUUUUUAUUGUUUGGUGUGUUCAUGGCCAAAUGCAAACUUAACAUGUUUAUUAUAUUUCUAGCAGAGAGGGUUUAGUUGAAAAGAAAACAAGUGUUACAUUUCUGUGUCCUCAGCCCCUGAAAGCCAAAGAUCAAGGGCCGAAUUUUAUAUCACUAUUUAACGAUCAACAGUCCAGGGGAAGGCGGUGAGACGACGAGUCGCGGUGCUCGGUAACCUACAGUAUUUCAAACACAGCCGCUCCACAUACCGACAAAGAGCUGUUCCUUUUUCUCUCCGUUGAAGCGCCGCCAACCUGUCCGCUCGUUCUCGGGGUGCGCUCUCGUUCAUUCUGAUGAACCGUGGAGGUCAGCAGGUUGGGAAGGAAACUGGUCACAACAAAAACCUGCAAACAAACGCCAGAGCUUCUUCAUACCAUAUCCUGGACCGCGACCGGAACCGGACGGAACAGACAGAGGAACUCAUCUGUGGAUAAAGAAGUGUGUGUGUCAGCGUGUGUGUGUGUGUGUGUGAGUGCAUGAACUGACGCUUUUACUCACCAAGACUACAUCGCCGUCAUGUACCCCCCAAUAAACCCAAACGGGACUACGCCAUUGUAUCUUUUUUUUUAAUUGUGACGGGGGAGUGGUUUGCUACAAAACUGCUUGAGAAAGAUUUUUUUUCUUUUUAUUUCCGGGCAACGUUAAAUGCUGACAUUGUAUAAAGAGCUUUCGCCUUUUGUGUUUCAUUUCAGGACUGAGAAAACGUUGAGGCGACGCCAUCGAAUCAUGUACACGCGAGAUCCUUUUUACGUUUGGACGUGGCUGUCGACCUGAUUUAUUAUUUUUUUUGUUUGUUUGUUUUUGUGUUUUUUUGGAAAUUCGUAUAUAUCUAAACAAUUGCAGGGAUUACUGCCACUCUUAUCUUACGUACAGGCAGACAAAGAUUGCACAAAAGUUAGUUAUCCUUCCACAAAAUUUGAAGUACUCUAAAUUUUCUUUCUUUCUUUUUUUUUUUUUUUUUUUUUUUUUGCAUUCCACUUUUUCUGCGGUUUUUAUUUGGAAGCCUGUUAUAUGUAAAUAGCCAAACAGUCUGUUUAAUUGUACUAAAGCUGUAUAAAGACAUGUUGAAGGAGAAUGCGUGCUUGCUCCUGGUUGGGGGAAAACGAUCCCGGCGCCUGUUGGAAAGUAGCAUCUCUGUCCAGUGCUGGUAGAAGCAGAGCAACGUUUCACUCGUCCAGCAGACUGGAGGACAAGCGGCAUUGCUAUGUAAUGCGGAAGUCUUUAGAUUAAACUUAAAGAAAAACAAACAAACAACAACAAAAAACAACUUUAUAACUUAAAUUAUUGUUUCACACCAUUGUAGUGAUUGUUUUUAUAGAUUCCGAAACCUACUUCUAGCGCUCAAGACUUUUGCAGCUUGUCUCCAGUCAUGUCCGUAGAAUUGGAAAAAUCCAUUUUGUUGCCUUAUCAAGUUAAGUUACUUUUAAUUUAACAAAAAUAAAGACAAGAGAGUAGGCAGUGCCUAUGAAUGUUUUCAGCCUA